ACAAAAAGUCCUUAAAAAUAACAUAGUGUGAAUCUUGCUUUGGAAAGGCCUUGGACUUCUGUUGACUAGUGUAGUGAGUGUGGUUACCAAGUUCUACAAAAUUCAGUAAAAAAAUUUCAUCUUACUGCAAUUAUUACUUCAUUCUUGACCGUCUGAUAGAAGAAUUUACGUGUGCUAAAGCGACUUCUAAACCACGAUCAAACCAACAAACCCUCACAUAAACCUGAUUAAAGAAAAGAUGAUAAAAAAGGAAAUUAAAGCUAAAGAAAGAAGAAACAGGUAAAAGAUUCAAGAACCCAAAAGCAAUUAAUCAAAAGAACAAACCAGAAAUAAACAUUAGUGAAGUGGAAAACUAGCUUUAAUUCUUCAUCAUUCUUUUUUUACAAAAUCCCCCUUUGUAUUUUCCCGGCAAACUAUCUCAUUCCCUUCUUUCAAUGGCUAACAUCUUCGUCUUCUUCUUCAUCUUCGUCCUUUCUCUCUCCUCCCAAACAAUUUACGCCGCAAAAUUCCGACUAGUAAACAAGUGCAGACACACAGUAUGGCCGGGCUUACUCUCCGGUGCAAAUUCCCCUCCUCUUCCGACCACCGGGUUCUCUCUCUCCGCCGGAAAAUCCCGCACUUUCCAUUUCCCAAGAUCCUGGUCGGGCCGACUUUGGGCCCGAACCCUCUGCUCCGGCGACCCCUCUGCCGGAAAACUGGUCUGCCUUACCGGAGACUGCGCCUCCGGUAAACUCGAAUGCUCCGGCGCCGGCGCAAUCCCUCCGGCAACCUUAGCUGAGUUCACCCUCAACGGCGCUGGUGGGCUUGACUUCUAUGACGUCAGCCUCGUCGACGGUUACAAUCUUCCUAUCCUCGUCGUGCCACGUGGAGGCCGCGGCGGCGACUGUAGCCCCACCGGAUGUCUCGUCGAUAUUAACCGCGCGUGUCCUAGAGAGCUUAGUGUUGCGGCGGCGCGUGGGAAUGGGAGUGUGAAAGUGAGGUCGAAAACUGCCGUCGCAUGUAAGAGCGCGUGUGAGGCGUUUGGGGACCCACGGUAUUGUUGUAGUGAAAGUUAUAAUACGCCUGACACGUGUCCGCCGUCGGUGUACUCGGUGUUUUUCAAGGAGGCUUGCCCACGCGCGUAUAGCUACGCGUAUGAUGAUAAGACGAGUACUUUCACUUGCGGAAAUGCUGAUUAUAUUAUCGUCUUUUGCCCGCCUCCUUACACAAGCUUGAAAUUGCUGGGUAAACGAAGAGUAAUGGCAGGUGAACUACCAUUGGUGAACAAAACAAUGAUGUACUUGCAUUCAAGAGGCAGCAAAGUAUCCUCAGGUCUGACUAUUCCUCUACUUAUUGUUGGUACCUUGAUAGUAGUUUUACGUUUUGUUUUCUGGGAUCUCAUUCUUGUUUACUAACAUUGAUGGGAUUUUUCCAGGCCGGUAGUGAAGAGAAGUGGGCGUCUUCGACCCCAUUAUUUUACCCAUUUCCUUUCACCUUUUACCAUCUUCCUUCAAAGCCCUCUUCUCCGAAAUCCUGGCUCAAACAUGCUGGGAAAAGACGAACAAUUCAAUGUCAUGUAUAAUCUGAAAUAUUGCUCAAAUCAAACUGUAUAUAUCAUUUUUCCCCCUUGCCAUAAGCGGCUCAUUUAAGGAGCAUAUUUUAGUUUUUGACAGAAUGUAAUUCUAUGUUGUACUCAACAAUGUCAGCAAAGAUAUCCAUUCCUCGAAGAACUUUUACUGUUGGGGUUCAUCCCCAGCUGAUCUUAAAUGCUGUCAAAGCUUGUGUUUGUACUACACAAAUCUUAUUACAAGUUGAAUUUUGUGGCCAGAUAA